UUGUCGUCAGGGAUGAGUUAUGUGCCGUUGGGAAAUACGUUUGGGCUGGACCAGCAGUUUGCUGAUCUAGACCUGAACUCCUCUAAUAAUCAAAGUGGAGGAGGAAGUACAGCGAGCAAAGAGCGCUAUAUACCUCCUCAUUUAAGAAACAAAGAAGCAUCUAAAGGAUUCUAUGAUAAGGACAGUUCAGGGUGGAGCUCUACCAGUAAAGAUAAGGAUGCCUACUGCAGUUUUGGGUCUCGUGACUCAAGAGGAAAUCCCAACUAUUUCAGUGAUCGUGGGAACAGUUCAAGAGGAAGAUUUGAUGAUCGUGGUCAGAGUGACUAUGAUGGUAUUGGCAGUCAUGGUGACAGAACUGGCUUUGGCAAAUUUGAACGAAGUGGACAUAGUCAUUGGUGUGACAAAUCAGAUGAAGAUGAUUGGUCAAAACCUCUUCCAGCAAAUGAAUGCUUAGAGCAUGAUCUUUUUUCUGGAGGGAACACUGGGAUUAACUUUGAAAAAUAUGAUGAUAUACUUGAAGCAACUGGCAAUAACUGUCCUCCACAUAUUGAAAAUUUCAGUGAUAUAGAGAUGGGAGAGAUUAUCAUGGGGAACAUUGAGCUUACUCGUUACACUCGCCCUACCCCAGUGCAAAAACAUGCUAUUCCUAUUAUCAAAGAAAAAAGAGACUUAAUGGCUUGUGCUCAGACAGGGUCUGGAAAAACAGCAGCAUUUCUUCUACCCAUAUUGAGUCAGAUAUACACAGAUGGUCCAGGAGAGACUUUAAAGGCUGUGAAGGAAAGUGGAAGAUAUGGGCGCCACAAACAAUACCCAAUUUCAUUGGUGUUGGCCCCAACAAGAGAAUUGGCUAUACAAAUCUACGAGGAAGCGAGAAAAUUUUCAUACCGAUCUAGAGUUCAUCCUUGUGUCGUCUAUGGUGGUGCUGAAAUUGGGCAGCAGAUUCGGGAUUUAGAACAUGGAUGCCACUUGUUAGUAGCCACUCCUGGGCGUUUACUAGAUAUGAUGGAAAGAGGAAAAAUUGGAUUAGGCUUCUGCAAAUACUGAGUUUUGGAUGAAGCUGAUAGAAUGCUAGAUAUGGGAUUUGAACCUCAAAUACGACAAAUAGUUGAACAAGAUAGAAUGCCACCAAAAGGAGUUGGUCACACUAUGAUAUUUAGUGCUACUUUUCCUAAGGAGAUUCAGAUGCUUGCUCAUGACUUCCUGGAUGAGUACAUCUUUCUUGCUGGAGGUAGAGUCGGCUCUACUUCUGAGAACAUCACACAGAAAGUAAUUUGGGUAGAAGAUUCAGACAAAAGAUCUUUCCUACUUGAUCUUUUAAAUGCAACAAGGAAAGAUUCACUGACUUCAGUGUUUGUGGAGACCAAAAAAGGUGCAGAUUCUCUGGAAUAUUACUUACAACAGGAAGGAUAUGCAUGCACAAGCAUUCAUGGAGACCGGUCACAGAGAGAUCGGGAGGAAGCCCUUCACCAGUUCUGAUCAGGAAAAAGUCCAAUUCUAGUGGCUACCGCUGUAGCAGCAAGAGGUCUUGACAUUUCAAAUGUAAAACAUGUUAUCAAUUUCGAUUUGCCAAAUGACAUUGAAAAAUAUGUACAUCGUAUUGGACAUACAGGGCGUGUAGGAAACCUUGGCCUUGCCACAUCAUUUUUUAACGAGAGAAAUACAAAUAUCACCAAGGAUUUAUUGGAUCUUCUUAUUGAAGCCAAACAAGCAGUGCCAUCUUGGUUGGAAAGCAUGGCUUAUGAGCACCAUUACAAGGGUAGCAGUCGUGGACGUUGUAAGAGUAGAUUCAGUAGAGGAUUUGGUGCCAGAGACUAUCGACAAAGUAGUGGUUCCAGCAAUUCCGGCUUUAGUAGUAAUCGUGCCAGCAGCAGCCGCAGUGGUGGAGGUGGUCAUGGUAAUAACAGAGGAUUUAUUGGAGGUGGAUAUGGAGCAUUCUAUAAUAGUGAUGGAUAUGGAGGAAAUUAUAACUCCCAGGGGAUUGACUGGUGGGGCAACUGAACCUGCAGCAAAGUCAUCCUUUUAUACAAGUCAAUAUGAAAACCACGUGUAAAUUUAGCCAGACAAUGCAUCCUGUAGCUUCAAGUACCUGCAAUGCAUUACUAGCCGUGAUUCUCCUGAAAAUUCUAAAGGAGCUCAGUCACCAGAAGAAAUGAAAGAAACAAUCAGCAUCCUGGUUCAGAAGCUGAUUUGAAGAAAACGUGUAGUUUGGAUUAAUUCAUCUCCUUCCUGCUUAGUCCCAUCCCAAACUGCAUUAUAAUUUUGUGACUGAGGAUCAUUUGUUUGUUAAUGUACUAUGACUUAACUUUAGACAACUUACUAUUUUGAUGUCCUGUUCACUCAGCAGUGUUCAAAAUAUUGAUUCUUUUGACCAAAUAAAUUUACUAAACUUGGGCUACA